AUGCCGGUGGUGAAGCUCCUCCUUGAAAAGGGUGCCAACAUAUCUGCCAGAAACAAGGAAGGGAACACGCCAAUGAUGUACGCCGCAGGGCAUGGCCACACACCCGUCGUGGACAAGCUUCUGGACUUCGGUGCCCCGCUGGACCUAGUGGACGAGAAUGGUGACACGGUUCUCCAUCAUGCCGCAAAAUGGGGACAGAUGCCGGUGGUCAAGCUCCUCCUGGAGAAAGGCGCCGACACAUCAAUCAGAAACAAGGAGGGCGUUCCCCAUGGAUAUACUGCAGCUACUCUGGCGGAGAAGCACGACCAUCCAGAGAUUGCCAAUUUCAUCAAGAAUUGGGAGAACCCCAAUUGA